AUGUACCUGUUUCAUACAUGGGGAGGCCACGAAGUUUACCAGGGAAAGCAAUGGAGCUGCCUAAACAUCUGGCUAGUUCUAUGCUUGUUUCCAAAAACCUGUGCAUCAAAUCCUUCAAAACCCAAUUUUUUACUGAUACUGGCUGAUGAUCUUGGUAUUGGAGAUGUGGGUUGCUAUGGCAAUGAUACAAUAAGGACCCCUAACAUUGAUGGCCUGGCAAAGGAAGGAGUGAGACUUACUCAGCACAUUGCUGCAGCUGCUGUCUGUACUCCGAGCAGAGCAGCUUUCCUGACUGGCAGAUACCCCAUCAGAUCAGGCAUGGCAUCUAGCACGCAACGGCAGGUUCUCUUUUGGAAUGGCUGUUCUGGUGGGCUCCCACCAAAUGAAACUACUUUUGCCAGAAUACUGCACCAGCAAGGUUAUUCUACAGCACUUGUAGGAAAGUGGCAUAUGGGUGUGAACUGCGAAUCCCGCCGUGAUCACUGCCACCAUCCUUUAAAUCAUGGCUUUGAUUAUUUUUAUGGCAUGCCUUUUACCCUUUUGAAUGAGUGUCAAGGCACAGAUGACCCUGAACUGGCCAAGUCUUUGCAAGAUACAUAUUGGCUUUACACACAGAUGAUCAUCCUUGCAGUGCUUACUCUCUUGAUUGGAAAACUUACCAAUUUAUUCGCAAUAAAAUGGAAAAUAAUAAUAAGUCUGGCCAUCUGUGGUCUCCUGUAUUUCAUCUCCUGGUUCUCCAGCUAUGGUUUCACCAAGUAUUGGAACUGUAUCCUGAUGAGAAACCUUGAUAUCACUGAACAACCUAUGAAUCUAGAAAAAAUUACUUUUAAUAUGCUGAAGGAGGCGGUUUCAUUCAUUGAAAGAAACAAGCAUAGACCGUUUCUUCUCUUUGUUUCCCUUUUACAUGUUCACACCCCUCUCAUUACCACAGAGGAGUUUCAGGGAAGAAGCAGGCAUGGCCCAUAUGGAGAUAAUGUAGAGGAGAUGGACUGGAUGGUGGGCAGGCUUCUGGAUGUUAUUGACAAAGAAGGCUUGAAGAAUACCACAUUCAUUUAUUUUGCAUCUGAUCAUGGAGGAUUCUUAGAGGCUCACAGAGGAAAUGUUCAGUUAGGUGGAUGGAAUGGGAUCUAUAAAGGUGGAAAAGGAAUGGGAGGCUGGGAAGGAGGGAUCCGUGUCCCAGGAAUAGUUAGAUGGCCAGGAGUGUUGCCUGCAGGGACAGUUAUCAAUGAACUGACAAGCCUUAUGGAUGUGUUCCCAACAGUGGUUCACCUGGCUGGAGGGGCAGUGCCUCAGGACAGGGUAAUUGACGGGCACACCUUGCUGCCUUUGCUGCAGGGAACAGUCCAGCACUCCGAGCACGAGUUCAUGUUUCACUACUGCGGUGUGUUUCUGCAUGCAGUGCGGUGGCACCAAAAGGACAGUGGCACCAUAUGGAAAGCUCAUUAUGCUACUCCAGUAUUUCAACCAGAAGCCUCUGGGGCCUGUUUCAGAAGAGGAAUUUGCCCAUGUUUUGAGGAUGGUGUAACCCAUCAUGACCCUCCGCUGCUGUUUGAUCUCUCCCAAGAUCCUUCUGAGGCGAACCCUCUGUCAGCUGACACUGAGCCCUUGUUCGAUGCCGUAACAAGGAGGAUAGGAGAAGCUGUAGAAGAGCAUCGCAAGACGCUGACUCCAGUCCCACAGCAGCUGUGUCCUUACAAUAAUCUAUGGAAGCCAUGGCUGCAGCCAUGCUGUGGCACAUUCCCCUUCUGUUGGUGCAAUGAAGAAAACAACAAAGCAGAUGGCAUACUUUAACAACACCAAAAUCAAAGUACAGUUAGCUUGAAAAAA